AUGGUGCUUGAUAAUGAAUUAUUUCGUCUGUUGCGAACGUUGACUUCUGUCGUGCAGUUGUUUGUUCGCAAUUUCACAAUUUCGCAAUCGCAAUUCGGACCCGGCUACCAUCUGUACAAAGAUAAGUUAAACCCUUUAUUGAACAUCGCUGCUCUGGUCACUGCCACCGCGCUACAAACCAAUGCAGAAAAUACGUUCGAUUUCGUCGAAGCGCUUAAUGUGUACUACUGCCGCGAGACGGGAUACUUUUUUAAACCGGGCGGCUACGACUUCUAUCAUGCUGCAAGCCAGUACUGCUACCGUUACGAUCAAGCGACCGGCAGUGCCGAAUGGAUAUACAACGAGCACUGGUCGGAAGAUGUUGGUUGCCUGAUAGAUUUAAAUGUGUACGAGGUUUUGCAGGAUAUAUUGGAGACAGUGGUGAGGAACGAGGCUAACGUGGAUGCCCAAUCCCAUGAUAUUCCGCUGGACAGCUACUCGUAUGGUGAUAUGACCUCAGACUACAUGCAAGCUACGGAAGACAAUAUCAUCCCGUGCAUUCGAGCCGUCGUUGUCAACUCUGAAGUACUAGAUCAGGGAACGUUUUUUGUUAUUACUGUGCAAGGCGCAUUGAUCGGACGUGAUUCGCACUGUGACGUCGUUCUGACCGACAAGGGAGUGCUGCCAGAACAUUGCAGGGUAGAGUACGACGAGGACGGCCAGUGCUAUGUUCUCAACAUUCCUGAACAACAUAGUGUUCGUAAGCUGUCUGUCAGCACGGAAACCGCAAGCGACCCUCAUCUGCUCAAACAUCUGGAUUUGCUGUUCAUCGGCCGCUGCACGUUAUGCAUGCAUAUUCACCGUGGGUUCAACACUUGCGUCGAUUGCGAACCAGGCCUGAUGAAAUUAGCCCCAAAGCCAGAAGCCACGCUGUGCACUGUAAAGCUUGGAAGGGAAAAGAUGCGACGCAAAGAGCUGAGGCUUCUGAAACAAAAAUAUGGAUUAACGGGCCCCUCAAACCCACAGCAUAUCCUGCCGUCCUCGUCUUUUUCUUACGUUGACAGAGCAAAGAUCCGAAGACGAAUUAUCGGAUCUGAUAAUCCUUAUGCAGAUAGUACCAAACCUGUUAUUGUCUCUUCUGUUCGAAAGCCAGUUAGUGCUGAAACUAAAGGCUUCAAAAUGUUGACUAAGAUGGGCUGGCAAAAAGGCGAAAGUCUCGGAAAGCACGGAGUCGGCAUAAAAGAACCGAUAUGUCUCCUGGCCAACGUUGGCUCUGCAGGCCUUGGAUCCACCUCUGGUUCAAGCGUCGCUACUGACGACCCCAACGAAGCGAAACGCCGACUUCGAUGGACAAAAGCGAAGGAGCGAUACGAAAGGAUUGACUGA